AUGACGCGGCGCGGCGGCCAGCAGGCCGGGCGGCACGGGCCGACGGGCCACAACGAGCUGUUCAAGGCGGAGGACCUCACGCUGCAGUGGCGGGAGAUGCGCAAGGCGGGCGCGGGGCUGCAGAACCUGGGCAACACCUGCUUCAUGAACAGCGUGCUGCAGUUGCUGGUGCACACGCCUCCCCUCGCGGAGCUGCUGCUGUCUGGCGGGUUUGGACGCGUGCACAACGGCGCGGUGAACGGCUUCUACCCCAUCCAGCUGGCGCGCGAGCUGGUCUCCCGCUCCCUGGCCCAAACCACCCGCAGCCCGCUGGCCCCCAUGAAGUUCGCCAAGUCGCUUCGCCGCAUCAGCAGGAGCUUCCGGUUGGGCCGACAGGAAGACGCGCACGAGUUCCUGAUAGCUCUCCUAGACGCCAUGCACGAGGCCAGCAUCGCAGGCAUCACGCCCAAGCCGUCCCCCGAGCUGGCCCAGACCUCCUUCAUCUACCGCAUCUUUGGGGGGCGCAUGCGCAGCCAGGUCAAGUGCAGCGAGUGCGGGUACGAGUCCAACACCUAUGACCCCUGCAUCGACCUCAGCCUGGAGAUCACACGUGCCUCCUCCGUCAAACGCGCGCUGGAACACUUCACCAAGGGCGAGGUGCUGGAUGGCGGCAAUAAGUACAAAUGCCCGCGACAGCAGAAGGCGGUGCGUGCGGUCAAGCGCAUGACUGUGGAUUCUGCCCCCAACGUGCUCAUGAUUCAGCUCAAGCGCUUCGAGUUCUCCUUCUCGGGCCACAAAAUCAGCAAGAAGAUCGACUUUGACCUGGAGCUAGACCUGGGGCCCUUCAUGAGCGAGGCACCCCUUGUGCCUGCCCUGUAUGACUUGUAUGCCGUGCUGGUUCAUAGCGGGCACAGCGUGCACAGCGGCCACUACUACGCCUAUGUGCGUGCCCCGAACGGCAUCUGGCACAUCUGUGAUGAUACGCACGUGGCACAGGUUGCCGAGCGGCAGGUGAUGGCGCAGAAGGCGUACAUCUUGUUCUACCUAAAGCGGCAGCCUUGCGCCAAACGGGCGCCGCUGUCAACCAGCAACAGGAGCGUGGCAAUGGCAGCUGCGCCGUCGCCCUCUCCGACAGGCGGUUCCGCACCUGGAGCAGCGGCACCAGCAGCAGCGGCGACGCUGGCGCGCCGCCAGGAUGUGCAGCAGCCUGUCCGGCUGGACGGGCAGCGUGGCAGCUCAGCAGCGACGCCAGCGUUGGCGCCAGGGAUUGGCAGCAAGAAGCGCAAGCAUUCAGAGGCUGCCACUGACAGUCUGCAGCAGCAGCAGCGCAACCGCCAUGCCGUGCGCCUUUGUGCGGCAGAGGCCGAUGAGCAGCAGCAGCUGAACGGACGCAUUGGCAAAAGUCGAGAGCAGCAGCAGGAUGGGCGCACGAGCAAGAAGCAGCGCCAUGCCCUUCGGCAGCAUGCGGCAGCACACAGCAGCAGCGACGCAGAGGUGCCCUUCGCCUCGCCUUUGCCAAGGCUUCGCCCGCGAGUGGUGCCCUCUCCGCUGGCUGUGACAGCUGCUCUGGCGGUGAGCCGGCGCGGCGCACGGCUAGCCGAGGUUAUCUCAAUCAGCCAGCACCAAAUGCUGCGCCCCAGGAGGUUGCUGCGGCAGAAGGGGCGGCUGAAGCGGUCGGCCGCGGCGGCAGCAGCGGCGGCAGCUGCCAGACGUGUCGAGCCGGCAGCAUUCCCAGCAGAGGUGGUGCAACGGGAGGAUAGGCCACGCGGUUCCGGCCCUGGCGGCAGCGCAGGCGCUUCUGUGGUGUCGGCACCAGACUGGCCCCCCGUUAAGCAGCAGGGCGCGACGGUGGGGGCAGCAUCUGGUGCUGGAGUGGAGCAGCAGCAGCAGCAAGAGUAUGGGCGCCGCCGCAAGCGUCGCCCGCCGCAGCAUGAGGAUGUUCAGCCGUCGGCAGCGCCACCGCGUGGUGCGAGCAGCGGCGGCCAGCAGGCAGAUGACGUGCGUGCCUUUCUGCGUGGCAGCAGCGGCGGCACCCGUCUCAGGCUGGAGGCGUGGGACCAUGCCGACAUGGCAGACAAGCAGCUGCAGGCGAAGCUGUUGCGAAAGGAGGCGCCCAAGCGUCGGCGGCUGGACGAGUACGACCAGGAGUACGACAAGGGCCGCACCAAGAAGGUGCGCGGCAAGCGUGGAGAUGGCAGCGGCAGCAAUGAAGGCCGUGGCGUGGGCCCCGACUUGGAUGCAGCCUGGCGUCAGCAGCAGCGCGAGGGUGCGCAGACGGAGCUGCGUGGCAACCGCAAGCGACGCUCCGCACAGAGCCAUCACGAGCAGCAGCAGCAGUUUGGCGGCCCUGCCAGCCGGCACGGCGGCACGCGGGGCGGCAGCGGCGGCCGAGGCCGAGGCCGGAUGUCCCCAAGAAGAUAA